AACUGUGGAAGCUCUUCUCUAGCUAUUUGCGGGAGGAGAGGAGGUAGAAAGCUGGCAAAAACAUCAUUGUUUGGAUUUCUUCCUGCCAUGCAAGGGAGAGAAUCAGAAAGCGGCUGCAGAAAUUCAACUGAAGAACCUUUAUCCUAGCUAUUGGGGGGAUGGACACCUUGCAAAAACAUACCAGCUGUUGCUUUGCUCAGCAUCUCUGAAGGGGAGUGAGGAUGGCCCAUCCCCUGCCAGAUCUUUGUCAAGAAACCCAACUGACCAAGAGCAGCCUAUGGGCCAAUGACAAAGUGAGCUGCUUGAAAGUGAAGGAGGAGGUCCUAGAGGAGGAAGAGGAGGAGGAGGCUGCAGCAGCAGUGGCCAGCUUGGAGAUGCAGCGCCAGCACUUCCGGCAGUUUGGCUACCAAGAGGCCGAGGGGCCGCGAGAGGUGUGCAACCAUCUCUGGGAACUGUGCAACCUGUGGCUGAAGCCUGAGAGGCACACCAAGGAGCAGAUCCUGGAACUGGUGGUGCUGGAGCAGUUCCUGACCAUCUUGCCUCCAGACAUCCAGAGCUGGGUCAGAGACGUGGAGCCAGAGAACUGCUCCCACGCGGUGGCUUUGGUGGAAGACUUCCUGCUGCGGCAGCAAGAGGAUGAGACGCAGGAAGAGCUGGUGUUGGGGCCGUUCAAAGAGGAAUCCGCUAAUUUCCCCAAUGUUGAGGACGCGUCCUCAGAUACCUGGCAGAGGGUCAUCUUGGGGGAGAUCAAACAGGAGGACGACGGAGACGCGGCCUUGCUGGAAGGUGUUGAGCGAGUGUACGGAGAAGACCCGGACAAUUCUGCGGAGCCAGGGCCGCAUGGGACGUUGUCGGGAAUUGCCGAAUGGAACGUUUCCCACAGCCCUACAGAUCUGGGGGAAGCCUCCAAGAGCCAUCUGGGAAGCCGCCCUGAGAAGGGAAGGGAGAAGUUAGUUUGUGGUCCGCACGGCUACCAACAAGUCAAGGGAGUUGUGGUCCAGCAACGGAUCCAAGACGAGCGCCUGAAAAAGUGCCCAGAGUGCGGGAAGGGCUUUGUGUGGAGGUCCGAACUUAUCGAACAUCAGAGAUCCCACACCGGGGAGAGGCCCUACGCCUGUUCCUAUUGCGGCAAAAGCUUCAGCCGCAAGUCGUACAUUAUUAAGCACGAAAGGAUCCACACGGGCGAGAAGCCCUACAUCUGCUCUCACUGUGGCAAAGGCUUCAUUUCUAAAUCAGACUUGAUCAAACACGAGAGAACCCACACGGGCGAGAAGCCCUACAUCUGCCCCGACUGCGGGAGAAGCUUCAGCCGGAAGCAGUUCCUUGUCACCCACCGUAGGACGCACACAGGGGAGAAGCCCUACAAGUGCUCCGAGUGUGGCAAGAGCUUCAGCCAGCGGACUUGCCUGGUCAUCCACGAGAGAGCCCACACCGGAGAGAAGCCCUUCAAGUGCCUGGUUUGCGGGAAGAGCUUUGGCAGGAGAGACAUCCUCAUGACCCACCAGAAGUUGCACACUCGAGAGAAGGCUGGCUGGUUGUGAAACGGCCGCUGAGCCUGAUACGUCCACAUCAGAGUUCCUAACUGUAUAUAUUUGAGAAGGGAUUUUUAUUUUAAAGGAAGGAUGUUCACAAAAGAAGCUGUAAGCAAGGCUA